AUGUCGCGGAAAAUUUCCGCACGUUGGACGCCAUCUAUUGUAGAGCGUUUCCUUCUUAUCCUCGCAACAUUUCUUUGUUUGUCGAACGUGAUAGCUAUCGAUCGUGGCCUAUCUAAAGAUUUUGCUAACGCCUGGAAGGACUUUUCGACCGAUUGCUCGGCAGAAGAACCAAAAAAUCUUUCGGUAUCGUGUCAGGGAGUCAGGAUUGUCAGACAAGUCGUUCAGCAACUUCUCGAGAACUCCAGCAAAGAACCGGAUAUAGAGAUCUUCGAUGGAAUUAGUCUGGUUGAAGUGGAGGACGCAAGUUCCUCGCGAAAAGGAAGAUUCCUCAAAGACUUCGGUAGUAUGACGCCGUUGCUACAAUUUCUUGAAGGUCGAGAGUUAAGGGUGAAGUUGCCAAAAUUAUUACCGCAAAAUUUUGAGACAGUUUUUGAGAAGACUAUGACCGCUUCAAUGAUCGGCGAAGGUGGAAGAGCACGUGGCGGAGGAGGUUUGGGUGGAGGCGGAGGAGGUGGUGGUGGUAAAAAGGGUGGCAGUGGACUAAUGAUAAUGGCUCUAAUGAUGGGUAAAAUGAUGGCUGCCAUGGGAUUUGGUGCACUUGGUCUUUUAACGAUGAAGGCAUUAAUGGUGUCCGGUCUUGCUCUGAUGCUGUCCAUAAUCAUCGCUGUGAAGAAAUUAGCCAGUAGUGGAGACGACGGAGGUGGACACCACGUUGUUUACGCGCAAGAAGUCGGUCAUCAUCAUCGUAAGAAACGUAGUAUGUCCGAGGAGAACGAUGACAUUCUCAACUUGCCUUACAGAGGCUACGCAAAUCUUUACGGAGAUCUGAAGGGGUCCUGA